GCCAACUCGGUUCAUUUGACGUUUGAACAGUAUACAUUCAGGUAGGAAGGACUGGAUUUUGAAAAAGAAUCAAUUGAGAGUCAAGACCUCAACCUGUCGAACCUUCUAUUCCCCAAUAACCACCCAGGAACAUCAUCUUCUCACUAGCCUUCAACAAUGGCCGGCCAACCAGGAAGUAGUUCACGCAGCUUCUCGUCAACCAACGUGCCUAGAGAGAAAGCAUAUCGACCACACGAGGGCAAAUUCGGGGUGGUUACUGGCGGGUCCAGAGGAAUCGGAGCAGCCAUAAGCCAAAACCUCGCCGCCAAAGGUUGUAACCUUCUCCUAGUCUACACAUCUGACUCGUCCACCGAACCCACCAAAGCUCUUUGCUCACAGCUCUCCACCGAGCACAACAUCAUCGCCAUACCAGUCCAGGCCGACCUUGCCGACCCUAGUAGGGCAGCACCUCAUAUCCUCGCAACCGCCAAGAAUCACUUUUCCCAUCCACGGAGUGGCGCUUUCCAAGUCGAUAUCAUCAUCAAUAAUGCAGGAAUCGCAGGCAACAAAUCAUUGAACGACCCAAAACUUGGUCCCAUCGAAGAAACACAGUUUCACCAACAAUAUAAUGUCAAUGUCUUGGCCCCAUUGCUUCUGGUACAAGCAUUUCAACCCUACCUUCCCCAGGAUCGAUCAGGACGGAUCGUCAAUGUUUCAAGCGUGUCCUCCGCCCUGGGCUGUGAGUCACAGUCGAUAUAUGCAGGUACGAAGGCGGCGUUGGAAGCUAUGACACGGGUUUGGGCACGAGAGCUGGCUGAGAAUGCCACGGUCAAUGCCAUCAAUCCAGGUCCCGUUUGGGGAGACAUGUACAGUAAAGCUGGGGAGGAAUUCUGGAAGACCAACCAGAAAUUCGUUGAUGCAGCGCCAUUGAUGGACUAUCAUGGCGAGGAGGCCGUCAAAAGCCGUGCUGGUGGCGAUCCGCAAGAAUAUGAUGAUAUUGUUAGGAAGGGCAUGGGUGGAAAGCGGCCUGGGUUCACGGAUGAGAUUGCUGGUGUGGUGGGCAUGCUCUGUUCAGAGGAAAGUGGAUGGACCACAGGGAGUGUCAUCUGCGCCAAUGGCGGUAUGAAAAUGUCGAUUGCCUGAGCAUGGCGAUGGGUUUUGGUUGAGGGCACUUAGCCCCUGGCUGUAAAGUGUUAGUUACCAGUGGAAAGCCUAACAUAGACUGUUCUCGCCUCAAGGCGCA